AUGGAUAAAAUUAAACAUAAAAUAUUAGUAUUAUCAGGUAAAGGUGGUGUUGGUAAAUCUACGGUAUCAUCACAAUUAGCAUUAUAUUUAUCACAUAUUGGAUAUAAAGUUGGAUUAUUAGAUGUAGAUUUAUGUGGACCAUCAAUACCAAAAAUGAUGGGAUUAGAAUCAAAAGAUGUUCAUAAAUCAACCAAAGGUUGGGUACCUGUUUACACUGAUGAAUCUCAAAAAUUAGGUGUAAUUUCAAUUCAAUUUUUAUUAGGUGAUAAAGAUACUCCUGUAAUUUGGAGAGGUCCAAAGAAAAAUUCAAUGAUUAAACAAUUUAUAGAUGAUGUUAAUUGGGGUGAAAUUGAUUUCCUUAUUAUUGAUACACCACCGGGUACAUCAGAUGAACAUAUAUCGGUUACAGAGGAAUUAUUAAAACAUAACCCAGAUGGUGCAAUUUUAGUGACUACACCACAAGCAGUUUCAAUCUCUGAUGUUAAAAAAGAAAUUAGUUUUUGUAAUGCUAUGAAAUUGCCAAUCAUUGGUAUCAUUGAAAAUAUGAGUGGCUAUGUUUGUCCACAUUGUUCUGAAUGUACAAAUAUAUUUUCAUCAGAGGGUGGGAAAUUAUUAGCAGAACAAUGUAAUAUUAAAUUUUUAGGUAAAUUACCAAUCGAUCCAAAUUUAUCAAUUUGUUCAGAAAGAGGAAUCAAUUAUUUUACUGAAUAUCCAAAUUCUUCCACUUUGGCCUCUUUAAAAUCAUUUGUUGAUAAUUUUAAUUUUAAAUCAUCAACAACAACAACAGCAACAAAUUAA